AUGGAGACGUUUCAGCCUUCUGAUGAAUCGCGUGUCCUCGUAAUUUAUACUGGAGGAACCAUUGGGAUGCUUGUCGGCCCGCAGGGAUAUCGAAAUGAACCUCACUUUCUAAGAGAAACGCUGCGCUGCCAAUCCCGGUUCCACGAUCCACUCGAAGACUCCCUUUACUCUCACUCGGGAACUAUUGAAGGCUUCCGAAGAUGGUCUUCAAGUGGGCGAUCAAGCCCUUCGAAUGAAAUGCAUUCUCCGAUCUCGAAGGAAGUGCCUACCCUCAUUGUCAAAUCAACGAGACCGAUCCGCCCUUCACUGCUAUCUGAUACCCGUAAACCGGAUCCAUCGCGAAAUUCACACUGCAGAAGGAUUGAGGAAAACGCAUAUGAAUGUCUUAUUCCCAGUUUAAUUACCCCACGGACAUCCAUCCACGCCGGAAACACAAAAAGAAUUAGAUAUGCAAUUUUAGAGUGGGAUCCACUAUUAGACAGUAGCAAUGUCGGCACAGAAGACUGGGUCCGCAUCGCGACUGAGAUUGAGUUAAACUAUGCUGCGUUUGAUGCCUUCGUUAUUUUACAUGGCACGGAUACCAUGGCAUAUACCUCGAGUGCCCUUAGCUUCAUGCUUGAGGACCUCGGAAAGACAGUGAUCUUAACUGGGGCUCAAAUCCCAUUAUCGCAAUUGCGCAACGAUGCGGUGGAUAACCUACUAGGCGCCCUAUCAAUCGCCGGCCAAUAUAUAAUACCAGAAUGUUGUAUAUUCUUCAAUCAAUGCCUAUAUCGCGGUAAUCGAGUCUCGAAGGUCUCAUCUUAUGAUCUUGAUGCAUUCAACAGCCCCAACUUUCCUCCUUUGGUGAAUGUUGGCAUUGAUAUAGUCGUCAACUGGGACAAUGUAAUCAGGCAGACGAGCCUACGUAGAUUCAAGGCGCAUAAAGAUAUGAGCUCUCGUGUUGCAACACUCCGACUGUUCCCUGGCAUCUCAGCAGAAACCAUACGCGCAUUUCUCAAGCCACCGAUCCAGGGUGUAGUCCUCGAGACGUUCGGUGCAGGUAAUGCACCGCAAAAGCGUGAUCUGAUGGAGGCACUGCGCGAGGCAUCAGAACGCUGCGUCGUAGUUGCCAUCACGCAGUGCUCUAAAGGGACGGUAUCCGAUGCAUACGAGACUGGACGAGCUCUGCUAGAUAUCGGCAUCAUACCUGGAGGAGAUAUGACACCCGAGUGCGCAUUAACGAAACUCGGAUACCUGCUUUCAAAGCCUCAACUGACGAUUGAGAAAGUCCGGGAUCUCGUUCGUCUCCCCCUCCGAGGCGAAUUGACCGCUCCGCGCGGGAGCUCAGCAAGGCCGUCAAUGGCACAGCACUUAGACACACUACAGGAUUGCCUUGCACAGAUGAUGCGGCUUUCAAGCUCAUCGUCGCCGAACAUUCCGGAGAUUGUUGUCAGCUCAGACCAACAGCCAGGACGUAACUCGGACAACCCAACUGCAUCUUGGUCAUGGACCGCGGCAGAAGCAAGCGCAACAGAGUCGUCACUCCUACACAUCCUCAUCCGCCUCGCGGUUGCAAAAGAUGACGUCGAAGGUCUUGAAUUCUGCUUGAGUUACCAGGACAACAAAGAUGUAGCACAAAGCCGCGUCGACAAAACACUCGGCACUCCCGCAGCAGGAGUCGUCAACAGUAUUGAUCCGUGUUCCGGUUGGGCUCCACUGCAUGUUGCUGCUUUCAAUGGUAGCGAACGUACCGUUGCCAUUCUUCUGCAAGCAGGUGCUCUGGUCCAUCUUCGGGAUUCGCUUGGACAUACCGCACUUUACUACGCCGCGAGACGCGGACAUACUGGAAUUGUCGAGAUCCUUCGGCAAGCUGGAGCGAAUUUGGGAGGAACGGACAUCGAAGGUGGCUUCGUAGCCUUAGAAGUUACAAAGGCAGCUCAAAGAUACGAUGAGGUUGCCUUGCAAACAUGGAGAAAGGCAGGGUAUGAGGCAACAGGGGAAUUAAGCAAAGCGUGA